AUGAAAGACAAUUAUGAUUUAAUCACAACUUCUUAGGCCAUUUUCGAUGUAGUCAAAAGAGGAAAUUAAGUAGAAGAAACUCGUAUUCAAUAUGAAAUCAAAUGUAUUGGAAAUGAAAUUGAAACAUCAUAAAUGUAAAAUUUCAUAUUGAAUUUUUAUAGAGGAAAAGAAACAGUUAAAUAUAAGUUUACAAUCACUAAAAUAGAUUUAUUAACAUAAAAUAAAAAGUCUCAUGAUAUUGUUAGAAGGUAUAUUAAAAUCUUAAGAAAAUAGAUAUACACAUUUCUUAUGGUUAUAAAAUGAAUUACAAAAUAAAUAAAUAGGCAGGAUUAUUCCUAGUCUUCCUGAAAGAUAGACUGUUUAUGAUAAAGAUAAAAGGUAAUAAUAUUCUAUAUAAUAAAAACAAAGAAAAUUAGAAUUUGUCUUCUUUAUGUAAAAAAUAUUAAGUCAUAAGAAAUUAUAAUCAGUUGAUUGUUCAGAAAAGUUUUUUGGUGAAGAAUUAAAAGUAUUAAAUAAAUUUAAAUGAUUUUUAGGAAUAUGAUGCAUUUUAAUAAUAUAUUGAGAAUAUGAAGGAUUAGUAGAAUAUUAUCAAUAAAUUUAUUAAUGCAGGAUUAUCAAUUAUGAGUAUGUUUUCAAAAGUCUAUAAUUAUAAGAAUGUUCAAAUAAUACCUAGAAUACCUGAUGAAUUUGAUAAAUAAUUUGAUGAAUGUAAAUUAGUAAUGAUAUUGUUAAAGAUAAGAAAGAAUUAGAAUAAAAUAAACUUAAUACUGAAAUAAUAACUUCAGAUCUUUAGAAAAUAGUUUAAAAAUUAUAGAUAUAAACAAGAGCAUUAUCUAAUAGUAGUGAAAUAUUUAGUAAAUUAUAUAAGUGAUAUUAGUGAAUGAAUGUUAGGGAAGUGAAGAAUUUAAUAUACUUCAAAUUAUCAUAAAGAUAUAUGAAAGUUAUGAGAUUAGAUUAAGAUAAAAGUAUAUUUAUAGAAUGGAAACAAGUUUAAAAGAUUAUGAUGAAGCAAUUAAAUUGAUAAAUCUAUAUAAAGAAUUAAAAGAUUAAAUUAAUUAAGAUACUCAAUUAAUAAAUAAUCCAAAUUAUAGAUCAUAAAUAGAUGAAUUGAAAUCAGAAAUUAAUAAUAAUAAACAAAAGGUAGAAUAAUUAAAUAUUAAUUUUAUUGAUGAUAUUAAAAUAUUUAGAUAACAACAAAGUUGGUGUUUGAAUGAUGUAUAAAAAAAUUUUUAAAUUGAUUUACAAGAUUGUUAUUAAUCAAUUAAAUAAUAGAAAAAUGUUGAGCACUUUUGA